GGAGGGGGAGGGGACUCCGGGGGCCGCCCCGCCCCCCUCGGCUGCCGCUGCCGCCGCCGCCUUUGCCGCUCGCUCCGGCUCCGCGCCGAGGAGGACCCCCCUCCCUCCACCCCGAGCCAGAGGCGGCGGCGAGGCUCGCUUCAAACGGCGCCGCCUCCUCCUCCUCGGCGACCGACGCCGGCUUCUCCGGAGGUGGAGCCCCAGCAGCAGCCGCAGCCGCCCGACUAAGGAGGGGAGGCGGGCGGGCGGGCAGGCAGCGCUGGUGGUGGCCGCCGCGCUCGCUUCCCUCUUCUCCGCCAGCGGCGGCGGCGGCGGCGGCGCCCGCCUCUGGUCCUCCGCGGGCGGCUGGGGCCGGCCCGACCAUGCCUCGGGUGGUCCCGGACCAGCGCAGCAAGUUCGAGAACGAGGAGUUCUUCCGGAAGCUCAGCCGCGAGUGCGAGAUUAAAUACACUGGCUUCAGGGACAGACCGCAUGAAGAAAGAAUUGCUAGAUUCCAGAAUGCCUGCAGGGAUGGACGGUCUGAGAUAGCUUUUGUGGCCACAGGAACCAAUCUGUCUCUCCAGUUUUUUCCGGCCAGCUGGCAGGGGGAGCAGCGGCAGACACCAACCCGAGAGUACGUUGACUUUGAAAGAGAAGGAGGCAAGGUCUACUUAAAAGCACCUAUGAUUCUUAAUGGUGUUUGUGUUAUUUGGAAAGGCUGGAUCGAUCUCCAAAGACUAGAUGGAAUGGGUUGCCUAGAAUUUGAUGAAGAGCGAGCACAGGAGGAUGCAUUGGCACAGCAGGCUUUUGAAGAAGCUCGAAGAAGAACUCGUGAAUUUGAGGAUAGGGACAGGUCUCAUCGGGAGGAAAUGGAGGUGAGAGUUUCACAGCUGCUGUCAGUUACUGGCAAGAAGACAGCAAGACCCUAGCCCUGGUUCAAACCUAGGAAGUGGCGACGAUCUCAAACUGCGUUAAGAGAAGUGACUGCUGUGCCAUGGGUGUGUUUGGCAAAUGAUAGAAUUGAAAGACCAGAAACUGUGAUAACUGGGUAUAUACUAUUGUUUGUUCCCUGAGCUGCGGCAGCCACACGAUCCUGUCCUGCCAUGGUUUGCACUAUGUUUGUGUUUAUAAUACCUGCAUUUCUGUUCUGAAACGUGUCGCCAGUGGGAAUUUGAGAUUCUUGUUUUUUCUAUGCAAGCUUAUAAUUUUGUUGGCACUAUUUUAGUGAAGAAAUAACUUUAUGCAGCUACAAAAACAAUUCCUCAACUGUAGUAUUUGUUCAUUUCAGAAUAGGUCUAAACAUUGCAGAAUAAAAGGGUUUUUUGUGUGAUUUGUAAAAACCCAGAACUUUCUAAACCAAUUUUUAUAUGGGCUCUUGAAAGCUUGGUUGUCAUUAUGUUCUUGCUUUUAGAUGUGCACUCUUUGUGAUUUCCCCUCUUUUGCACUUUCUCUUCUUUCCUUUGUAAAUUUGCAAUACAUUUUAUUAUUUCACAUUUACCUAAACUUAGUAACGCAGUGUCUGCCAGUUAAUUUUGCUGAAUUACAUGUAUAUAGUUCCUUGAAACGGCAAUAUUCCAUGAUGAAUUGUUAGCAUUUAAGUUGUGUUAGAUGGGGAAAUGUCUAAAAAGAUGUAAAUCUAUCAUCACAUGCUUUGCAGGUUCUAUUCUGCACUUAGUAUUGGCAGUUAAUAUGCCCCAUGAAUGGAUAACUUACUGAAACGUGCUGCAGUCUGGCUUUGAUUCCUCCCCAAAACUCUUGUAAAGAAUAGCUCUAAAAUGGGGUACUGCAUCCUUGUGAUUAGAUUUUACAGCUAAACUGUGGGGAGAAUGGUGUAAUACAAUCAUGUUGAAAAUAGCCGCAUUGUAUGUCUGUAUUCUGUUCUUAUUCUAACAGGUAGAAAUACGGGCAGACAUUUGAAUUUAUGUACAGAACAUCUCUUAUUGGCCAAAAUAUGCCUUUGUGUGUGAUAUUAUAUUAGGGGUAAAAUCAUGAUGACACAGAGUUCAGCUUUGCACUCUAUUCCCUGUCUUGUCUCCAUGACUCAGCCAAAUGCUGUUGCCAUACUUUGUAUCACUGUGUGUCAGUUCCACUAUGUGAAUAUCAAUAAUUCUAAGUGAUCUGUUUUGAAUAUUCAAGCAGCAGCAUUUUUGUGUCUGGCUCAAGUUGCAGUUCUAUAUGCAUUUAUUUGUAAGUAAGCCCUGUUGAUCACAGUAUCAAUGGGAUUUACUUCUGAGCAGACAUGAAUAGAAUUGAAGUGCAAAAUGCAUUAUUACUUUUCUGUGAUGACUGUUAAUUACAGCUCCUUUUAAAAUUAAAAACAGAGAAAUAAAAAAUAUAAUUUCGGUUUCUGCAUAUGACAACCCUGAAUCUUCUCAUUACUCAAAUGGUCAUUUAUAAGGUACUAUUCCUAAAUAGGUUUGCCAGCUAUUUGCUGUCACAUUUUCACUUUGUUAAUGUUAGUUUCCUUGCAUGUUGCGUUUCUUCUUCUGUCAAGUAGUAAUGGUCCAAAAAUAGUUUUUCUAUUGCUACUCUGUUUUCACCUGGGAUACCCUCCUCACUUGUAUUUCCUGAAAUACUGUGAUCUUCCCUGGUUGUUUCAGCUAGUGACUUCAAACCAUAGGUACAUACAUACAUGUAUACUAUUGUAUAUUAAUUUGCUGUCUGUGUGUAAAUAACUUUUUCCUAUCAUCUAGAGCUAUGCUUACUAUGUCUUAAUGCUGGCAUUAAGAUCACAAGCCCUCUCCCUUUGCUAGCUAGUGCAAACUUGUUAAAGCAAGUUUUUUUUUUAAGUUAUUGAUGCAAUUUGAUAUUUUUUCAUAAUUUCUAUUUAAACAGAAGUUGCAUCAUCAUCAUUGAACUUGCCUCUUUAGAGUUGCCUUAAACUUCAAGAUUGCUUUUGCUAUAUUUGUGUGUGUGUGUUACGUUAACCUUACAUUCAUAAUAAACUUCUGUGUAGUGAAACAA